UCAUUAUUCAACGGUAUUUUUUUAUAUUCGUUUUUUUUCAGUUUCAAAGAAGAAAUAAUUUUUGGGUAUAAGAUUCUUCGGUUCAGUGCAGACUUCCAGUCUUGGUCACCUUCACUCAAUACACUGCUACUUUUUAUUCAACCCAUUCAAUAAUACUUUGCACUAUUUUCUUUCAGUUUCAUAAUAAAAGUAACUCUGUCUGUUGAUACAAAAUUUUCUACUUCAAUGGACAUCAAUAGAACAUAUUUAAAUAUCUUCUAACCGAGAUUUCAUAUUACCAAAUGAUUUACUGUCAAGUGGUUAUUUGUGUCUCUUUUGCAGAUUCCACGUUUCAUUUUCACCGUAUCAAAUCUUUGCAGUCAUACAAUAAUACUACUACAAGAAUCAAUUACAAUUUGAAUGAAUUAGUAUGUAAAUGCUAUAAUUAAAAAGUAGUAUGCCAAUAUUCGUUGCAACCACUGUGUGUACAUCAGGGACAAAGUUAAUCCACAACGGGAAUAACAUGUUGUGUUUUUCAAUGUUUACAUCAGAUACAUCCACUUCUAAUACUACACUAUGUCGAACCUUGAAACGUCUCAUCAGACUAGUCGAUUUGUUCAAGCUCAGCUUCUUCUGUUUAAUAGAAAAUUCAAUCCUCAAUGUAUUAUAAUGGUUAUGACGUACAUAUAUGCUAGCAAUGAGAAAGAAAUUCGUACCACUGUCAUUCUACUGUUAAAUCAUUGUUUACUUUCUUUCAGUCUCAAAAAGGGAAUAGUUUCUUUCUUGUACAAAAUUUUCCGCUUUAAUGGAUAUGAAUGUAACACGCUGACAACAUUGCUACAAUGUAACAAAUAUCUCUUUUAAGAAAAAUUCCACAUCAUUGAGUGAUCAAAGGUGAUAGAGAAACAUGUACUAUACGAAAUAUUCAAACAAGGAAGAUGGUUUAUUUAAGCAUUUCCAGUGAACGAAGAAGAGUACUGUAUAUCCAUAACCAGAAGUAUCACAAAAAUUGUCAAAUUAGCUGAACCUCGUUGAGACACCUUUGUAUAAAAGCCAGUGGGCAUAUUGGCUAUGAAGAAUGGCACAUUUCGUUACUAUCCGUGAUCGGCAAGUGUCAGCAGAUCCGUAAAGUCGCAGAGGAUCUCAGUGACCGGGUAGGAGUGGCGGAGGAGAACAAACAUCGGCGGGCCAAUCGUGAAGAAAGGGUGGUCCGGUGGAUGUUUGUCUUGUUGCUCCUCCGGAGGGAUGCUGGAAUCGCUGUAGAGAUAGGCAACGUGUACACGGUGCGGAGCCAAUCGCGCGCCACCACGGAAACAUCCAAAUGUUGCAGAAGAUUAGAGAGUGAUUUCUUUCAGCCGGCUGGCCACUCAGUCGUCUAUCAACAAUCGCCCUGAGACGCCAGAUAGUUAGCAAUUUAUUCGUUCGUCUCGCUGUUUAUUCGCAUAAUCAAAUUUGUAUCUUCAUCGUCGCACGAAAUUAAUAUCUUGUUACGGUGUUAGUAUGGGAACCGAUAAUAGAUUGUUUCGUUAAUUGCUAGAUUGCGGAUUUUUCCAAACGAAGAUUUAUAUAAGUGAAAAUUGUAACUUUUGUAAAUUGCCUACCAAUUUAUAGUUUUGCGUCUUAAAAAUUGUGACGAGUAUGGUACUUUUGUAUAUUCUAUAUAUUUUUGUACAUUGCGCGCAUUCCAGCGUCUUUAAUUUAGCAUAAGUGCGUAAAACUCUGCAGUCUAGUAAUUACUUCUUUGUAGUGUUAACAAAGUUUCACUUUUAUUUAUACUUUCUAUUGUUCCGUUUACUGUUGGAUGACUGAAAAUGAUUAAAUCUGUGGAUAUCAGUGAGUGAUCAAAAGACUAUGUUGCGUGGAAAGAGUAAAGGUAAAGAGGAGAACGAGGAGGAUGAAGGUGAGCUGAAGCAGAGGAGACCAAAGUGUGCUCGGUGUAGAAACCAUGGCUUGAUUUCCUGGUUGAGGGGACACAAAAGAGAAUGUCGUUACAGAGAGUGUCUUUGUCCAAAGUGUUCUCUGAUUGCUGAGAGGCAAAGAGUAAUGGCUGCUCAGGUCGCCCUUAAGAGGCAACAGGCGGCUGAGGACGCUAUCGCCCUAAAAAUGGCUAAAGUAGCGACUGGACAGAGAUUCAAUCGACUUCCUCCAGGGAAAAUAUUUGGCAUGGCAGUAACCGAACCAAAGUCAGUUGUAGAUACUAACAAAGAAGAAGAUCCUCCUCCUAAAGAGAGCUUACACAUUGAACAUCCGAGGAAAGACGACUCUCUGAACAAUCAGUGUCAGGAUUCAUCAACGAUCAACGAGAACCCGCCAAAGUACAAGAGCCUGGUAUUCAACGUGAACAAUUCAGAGGAGACAAAAGAGAGCAGCGUGUCGCAGACUUCGGUGGAAACGUUAGCUCGACUUUUUCCCAACACGAAGCUCUCAGUACUACAAUUGGUGUUGCAAAGAUGCGGCCAGGACCUUCUGAAAGCCAUCGAGUACUUUGCCAGUGAAAGUUUCGGGAUCAACUCGACCACCUACGCAUCAGCGUUUCGACCACCUCAAACCAUCAACGAGACCAGGAGUAACGAACAUAUUGCAGGCACGAUGUUGGCACCAAUAUACUCCAGUCUGUCCAGGAACUUCUACGGAGAUGGUUACUGCUUGUUGAACAUCGUUCCCGAUCAGUUUCCCAAAAAUAUAGCAGAUACGACGGCUUGCACCACGUUACCCAUAAAAAACAGCGGACAACACGAGCAAGAGGGAGUAGCUCUAAACGUUCAGUAUAACAAUUACUUCAAUUCUGGCGUACAACAACAGCUGAGAGAUCACAUGUAUGCUCAGGUUACGGAUCAUCUUUCACCGAGGCCUGGUUUCCUUCAUUUACCACCAGUAUUGCCGGGUAUCCCCUGCGUGCAGCCUAAUUGCACUCAGUGCAGUUACAAAUUUCCCUAAGCAACUGGAGAAUUUUCAUUUGAUUAAGUAGAUUGAUUUCGUUUAUUUUAAUUGAAGAGUUUAUUUAAAUACCAUUCGAAUGAGGAAACACGACAAUUCACAUAGACAAAAUUGUAUUUCAAACGGAUUUAAUGAUUUAUGACUCUGAUCCAGAUUUCUAGAUCUUAGGAUAUCGUGUGCUCGCUGUUGAUAAGGCUGAUUAAUUACGGAUUUGAAAAUGUUAUCAGCUUAUCGUGUGUGAAACUCCACGUGAACUUAACGAGCGUUCGCGUGGCCUAUGGUGUUGCUAUCAGGGUAGGGGAAUUUCCGUGAUCGGCAGACCUUAAUCUUCAAAGUUCAGUGUGACCAGCCGGAUCAAGCGAAGCGUGUUUCUAGCAUGCAUCGCUUGUCCCAAUGGCAUACUCGUCUCUCUAUCGAUUGACCUUUGAUCGUGGAGCGUGAAAUACAAUCUGUUACAGUAGUUCGUGAUGUUUUUUAAAAAUUUUUUUAAGUGAUCACCUUGGUUUAAUUUGUAUAUACCAAUAGUCUUCAAAUAGUUAAUUUUCUUAAUUAUAUGUUUAACAUGUAUCAUUGACAUUUAUUGUGAAAAUUUUGAAGUCAUUUUCUAAAAUCGUUAUUUUAUAAUAAAAAAAACAUCUGUUCUCUAUUUUCUAUAAUUGCGUUUUGUAAUAAUUUAGUUUAUUAAAAAAUAUUUUAUUUAUUAUUUUUUAAUUGUUGACUUUUUUAUUAUUUGUUUUGCUACAAAGGUACUUAAAGGUAAACAAGAGUUUAAAGUGCUCUCAAACUUACCCUCCAACGUAAAUAGCUCGCCUAUUUAUAUGUUAUUUACAACACGUAGCACUGAGAACAGGAGUCCCUAUAAAGGAGAUAUUUUUUUUAGGUAUUUCUUCGGGAACUGGUUUGAAAGUUUCUCGCGGCAGCUAUCGCGUAACUGCUAACCUAAUAAGACGCCAGUAAUCGAGUUAGGAAGAUUCAAUUGUCUGUAUAAACAGUACGGAUAUCCUAGAGAAACUGUCGAUGGCCAGAAGCGAUUUACUUUGGCUCCGCUUUUUAGGGAGGCGAAACAUUGAGGUUAACCCCGCAGGGAAUUCCUCAAUUCGUCGUGCAGCGAAUUACAAGGAACUUGACGUCGUGUUGAGAACUAAUAAUUCUCUUGGAUUUUUCUUUCAUUUACACUCUGAAACAGUAAGCGGAAGGAAAAGACAAACACUGAGAUACACAAGCGAUAUAUACUAGUUAUUCUUUAUUUGGUUCUGUAAUAUACAUUUCACGGGAUGUACCACACCGUGAACAUUUCCUUUUCUUCUCUACCAGUCGUUCGUGUUGCAUGUUGUGGUACAUGUAUGGAUAUACGAAACACGUUCUUUUUUAUGCUCUAUAUAUUUAAGAAUAAUGCUUGUUGUUGUUUGCUUAAUAAUAGGCACAUCAGUUUAUACUAAAGUAACCAA